CAGGUCUGAGAUAAGAAAUUAAUUUAACGUGACGACAAUACGCGUGGAUUACUUAUAUAUGUGUGACUGUUGUAAUGUCUUCUUACGAAAUCAUACAUGUUUGCAGUUAAAUAUUUUCCUAUUUAAAUGGCAGUGCCAAUUUUGAGGAAUAUAUUAAGAGACCUGCUCAAUUACCGUGUUGUGUGUUGUAUGGUACACACACCAUAAACGACGAAAGUCACAAUUCAAUUUGCAGACUAGAAAUUUGAAAUGAAUUACUCCGAACAUAUUUUUUAUGGAAAUGUAAUUUAUUAAAGAUGAAAUAAGCCGAUGGGAUGUAUUACGAUGUCUGGUAUACAGUUAUAUAUAACUUACUAACAUGGCAGUGGAUGCCUGGAACAACCAUCUAUAUACCAUCAGGGCCAGACAGAGGCUGUUCUACAAUUACCAGGGUAACUAUAGGACCAGCACUGGCCACUAUUCUACAAGGUCCUCCUACAACCCCACACAAGUCUCCCCAAGAGUCUACCCUGCAGCCUACGGACAUGCUGACAAUCGCCCCAAAACUGCCUCCAUACCACCAACACAGCCCUUGGUACCCCAGCAACAGUAUUCCCUCCCCAUCCUGCAUCAUGGCCGCGCUUGGGGGCUGGGGGAGGAGGAGGGGCACGAGGACGGGGAGGGGGACAACAGACCAGAUGACCGACUUGUAUGGGUUGAUGCCCUUGGUAAAUGGAUACCAGAAUACCAGCUUCAGAAGCCUUCGUACGUGAGUUUCGUAGGAACGGCACCUGUCGUAGAAAGGUUGUAUGCCACAUUUAAGGAGCCUCCAGGUCUAGAGGCCAAGGAAUGUGCUGUCUGUGACCACAAGUGUGUUCGCCAUGAGAUACAUAUGAAGCAGCACAAGCAAAGGAUGAAAUGUGGAAUAUGUGGACUGUAUCAUCAGGAUGAGCUCCCUCCCAACCAUCUACACACCAACAGACUCGUGACACUGAAGAAGCGUGAGGCUCUCAGGAAGCGUGCAAUUGAGGCUGCAGCGGAACGGAAACAGCGGAAAGCUUACUCUUCACCUCUGUACUCCUCUCUCAAGGACAAACGCCAGAAGGUGCGGUUCCAGACCCCAGACUUAGGACGCAGAUCUGGUUUACCUCGGAAUGAAACUGACCUUGACCUUCAUUUUACCCUUCCUAAGGAGACACUGACUUCUGAUGGACAGACAGAGGAUGAUACGGAGGUCACUGAGGAUAGUACCGAUGAUAAUCAGGAAACAUCAGGGGCAGAUAAUCCAGUGAAUAGCACAGAAUCCAGAGAGCAGCAAACAGAGCCCGAGACAGACUGGUCACUAAGGGAAGGAGAAUAUGUCAUCAUCUCCAGGAGUGAAGUUGACGUUGCUACGGCUGCUAUGAGAGUGGCAGAAGCUGAACAUCGAGAACAGUUACAAAUGUCUGAGGAAAUGCGUAAACGACGGGAACAAGAGAAGGCUGCAGCACUAGCUGCGGCACUGGCUAAAGAGGAGGCUGACAGGCUAGCAGAAGAGGAACUUAUAACGACAGAUAUCUACAGAAUGAAUGCAACAGUGCUUAGAAAGCGCUUGACCUCUGAAUCACUGACCUGCAGUCAGUCUGAUGGUCAAAUUCUAGGGCCCCCCAGACCUAAGGUCCCAGUGCGCCUGCCAUCACUAUCGCAGAAGAACAAGAAAGGUUCGGCCUCUGUCUCAAGCAGCAGCAGUAGUCAGCUGAAAACAUCCUCCUCAAGGGUCAAGGCCAGUAAGUCUACUAGUCGGACAUCAACAUCACGCAACAAACUGGACAGGAAGUCCAGCAGCAAACUUAACAACAAACUCAGCCAAGAGCCCUCCCUCCCAGUUAUAAGUGACGUCAUCAAACACACGCAGUCUGCCUCCUCUAGUCCACCUAGUAUUGUCAAACAACAACCAAGGCUUCUCACCAAACUUCCAGAGGAAGAAGUGGCAGAGGUCAAAAUUCAAAUGCCAGUUGAGUCCAAAGAUAGAUGUGCAGGGUUGACCCCAAUAGGGUCAAAAGUUGCUGAGGAGAAAACUGCUAAGCUUUAUAGUCUCCCACUUCCCCAAAUGGACAUGAGUCUUGCCAAGCCUGAACCAGUGGUAUUCCUCCAGACCGGUCAUGAGAGGGGAGAAGACAACAGUAAGCUGGUCACACAAGUCAUCCCUACUGUAGGUGACACACGCACAGGACCCCUGUCUCUUACUGUAGACGACCGACCUGCCUCACGAGGACAGUCACCAAGUGGAAAGCGCAGGUUUUCCAUCAUAAAGAAGGAGCGAGCAGAUCGACGCCGGGUUGGGGCGAAGGCUGACUCCCCCGUUGAGUCACCUGCACAGCAACUACCAAACAAGAGGGCAACCUCAUGGAUCUACGGCAGCGAUGAUGAUGAUGCUGAUGAGUCAUCAGAUGCUGGAGACAAAGACAGGAAAUCAGAAGUAGACGAGGUGCCUCCACUGCCCACUGAUGUCCCUCCACCUCUACCUGAUCCAGACAGCAUCAACAAAGCCAGUCAGAAAACCAGCGAUAAACGACGUCGAGCAAUACACACACCCAUUGUCCAAAAACUUGAGAAAAAGUUAAAGCGGCGACAAUUUACUAAGGACUCUUCCUACGAGGAGGAACUGAGGAAACAGGAACUUGCAGAACAACGCCGGCAGAAACACAUGGAGAUGUUGGAGAAAGCCAGGGCCAGGAAACAACAAGGGGAUAUGGGGAGUGACGGAGGAGAGGAUGGGCCAAAUUUUGACGAUUAUGGUUUCCUGGCCAAGUAUUGUAUCUUCAACAAAGCCAAUGUUGAGAUGUUUAAACACACCUUUGACAACGUUGAUGAUGAAAAGCGAGGCUGGCUGUCUGCAACAGAGGUAAUGGUGGCACUGAGGGCUAUCAACAACAAACUGUCUCAUGCAGAGGAGGAGUACCUGUACAGGAUAUUGGAGCUGACAGGUUACAGUAUCAAAAAUGGUGCAGACUUCAAACUCUUCUCUGUAGUCGCUNCUCUCUCACAGAAAAUUACAGCCCUGGAGUAAGUCUCUUAUCUCUCUCACAGAAAAUUGCAGCCCUGGAGUAAGUCACUUAUCUCUCUCACAGAAAAUUG